AUCGCUGGCGCUGUCUAUGUACAGACUGGCCGGCAGGCAAAGCUCCGCCCAACUCCGGAUGCCCCGCCCAUACUGUGAGUGAGGAAGAGAAUAUACACAUUGGGCUGCCCUGGAAUUGCGUGGCUGGAGGGCCUGCCCAAGCCCUCCACUGGUUUACAAGUAGGGAAUACUGAGCAGGAGCUACGGUACCAUGGGCAGCCCCACUGACACGGAAGAUGUUUAUGUUGCUGUGAUCAGACCAAAGAACGCAGGAAGUCUCAAUUCUCGGGAGUACCGAGCAAAAUUGUAUGAAAUUUUAAUGAUCGAGGUACCAGUUGAAGGACAGAAGAAAAAGAGAAAGAAGGUUUUGUUGGAGACUAAACUUCAAGGGGAUAAAGAUACAGCUCAGGAAAUACUGGACUAUGUUUUAGAGUCCACCAAACUCAUCUCUCCUUCAAAUCAAGGGGUUAAAGGAAAAAGAGUUGUACGCAUGAAAAAGUUUACACUUGAUGGAGAAAAAACUGGCAGAGAAGCCACCCUGUUUCUCGUACCUACUGCUGUCAAAGAGAAUGCAAAGAAUUCAUACAAUCCUGGCAGCCCAGUCUUCUACUGUUUCCAGGAUAUUAUGAGGGUGUGCAGUGAAUCCAGCACUCAUUUUUCUACUGUCACAGCACGGAUGCUAAUUGUUCUGGAUAAGUGGCUGGAUGAACAGCACACACAGUCUCACGCUAUCGCCGCACUCUUCAGACCUUCUCCACUGGAGAGAAUAAAGACCAACAUCACAAACCCGGCCUAUGCCACUGAAGCUUGCCAGCCUGAGAACUCUCUGCACAUGGGAUACACAGCUUUGGAAAUAAAAAGCAAAAUGAUGGCUUUAGAGAAGGCAGAUAUGUGUAUCUACAAUCCUCUGUUUGGGUCAGAUCUUCAAUAUACCAACAGGGUUGAUAAAGUGGUGAUUAAUCCAUACUUUGGACUUGGAGCACCUGAUUAUUCAAAGAUACAGAUCCCAAAGAGAGAAAAAUGGCAAAGAAGCAUGAGUAGCGUCAUGGAAGAUAAAGAGCGUCAGUGGGUGGACGACUUCCCUCUGCACCGCAGCGCUUGUGAAGGAGACGCUACCCUGCUCAGUCGGCUCCUGGAUGAAGGCUUUUCAGUCAACCAGCUGGACAAUGACCAGUGGGCACCAAUCCACUAUGCGUGCUGGUAUGGGAAAGUAGAAGCAACAAGCAUGUUGUUAGAGAAAGGAAAAUGCAACCCUAACCUGUUAAAUGGACAACUCAGCUCCCCUCUUCAUUUUGCUGCUGGUGGAGGACAUGCUGAAAUCGUACAGAUCCUCCUCAACCAUCAAGAGACAGACCGGCACAUUUGUGAUCAGCAAGGACGAUCUCCACUAGACAUCUGUGAGGAGAAUAAGCAGAACAAGUGGGAAGAGACAGUCACGCUUCUUAAGGAUUCCGUUAAUAAGCCUUAUGAAAAAGUGAAAAUCUAUAGAAUGGACGGCUCAUACCGCUCUGUGGAACUGAAGCACGGGAACAACAAUACAGUGCAGCAGAUUAUGGAGGGGAUGCGGCUUUCACAAGAGACCCAGCAGUACUUUACUAUAUGGAUCUGUUCUGAGAAUAUCAGUCUCCAGUUGAAGCCUUUUCACAAACCCUUGCAGCACAUAAGAGACUGGGCAGAGAUAGUUUCGGAGCUGACAAACCUGGAUCCCCAAAGGGAGACCCCGCAGCUCUUCCUAAGGAGGGAUGUGAAGCUGCAACUAGAUGUUGAGAAGAAGAUUGAAGAGCCGCUGGCAAUACUCAUUCUGUUUGAUGAAGCAAGAUACAACCUUUUAAAAGGUUUCUACCCGGCGCCUGAUGCCAAGCUGAUCACAUUGGCCAGCCUUCUCCUGCAGAUUGUCUAUGGCAAUUAUGAGAGCAAGAAGCACAAACAGGGUUUCUUAAAUGAAGAAAAUCUAAAAUCCAUUGUCCCAAUCACCAAAGUAAAGAGUAAGGCACCUCACUGGACCAAUCGUAUACUGCAUGAGUAUAAGAAUGUGAGUACGAGUGAAGGAAUAAGCAAAGAGAUGCACCAUCUGCAGCGCAUGUUCCUUCAGAAUUGCUGGGAUAUCCCCACCUACGGAGCCGCGUUCUUCACCGGACAGAUCUAUACCAAAGGGAGUUCCAGCAGCCACAAAGUCAUUCGAGUCUACGUUGGCGUCAACAUCAAGGGACUGCAUCUACUGAAUUUAGAAACUAAGGCCCUGCUCAUCAGUCUCAAGUUUGGCUGCUUCAUGUGGCAGUUGGGAGAUGCCGAUACCUGCUUUCAGAUUCAUAGUAUUGGAAAUAAAAUGAGUUUUAUUGUUCACACCAAGCAGGCCGGCCUUGUAGUGAAAUUGCUGAUGAAGUUAAGUGGCCAGUUCACUCCCAGUGAUCAGAAUGUAUCUGAGCGUUAUGGCUAUGGCUAAAUAACAUAAAAGGGAUUCAAGGAUUUUCCAUUCACAUUACCACGUUCUCUGCCUAGAGUCAUUGCCAUCUGUAGCCACUCACAGACUCGUUUAUCUCACUGAUAUAUUCCCAAACACACUUGCAGUGGCAGCAUUACAUGUUUUGCUCUCUUAAAGUUGACUAAAAUAUUUAUUUUCAUUGAAAAUUGUGCCAGGUAAUACUCCAUUUCUUACUCAUUUUGCCAUCACAGUGGUGCCUUAUAGAUAAAGCUUUAUUCUUCUAUCCUCAAAUGGGUUUUACCCUUGUGUACAAUAUAUACUGUAUAAUGCUGUUACACACAGAAACACAUUUAUAUUCUGCUUUCAUUAGUUCUGUAGCCAUGCAGCCUCCUCUUUUAGUUCUAUAACCAUGCAGCCUCCUCCAUAAGUUCUGUAGCCAUGCAGCCUCUUCCAUUAGUUCUGUAGCCAUGCAGCCUCCUCCAUUAGUUCUGUAGCCAUGCAGCCUCCUCCAUUUGGUUUAGAUUUGUAGGUAUGCAACAAUUAGUCCAUUAUGCAGCUGCGUCCAUUAGUUCUGUAGCCAUACAGCCUCCUCCAUUAGUUCUGUAGCCAUGCAGCCCUCUCCAUUAGUUUUGUAGCCAUGCAGCCCUCUCCAUUAGUUCUGUAGCCAUUCAGCCUCCUCUAUUAGUUCUGUAGCCAUGCAGCCCUCUCCAUUAGUUCUGUAGCCAUGCAGCCUCCUCAAUUAGUUCUGUAGCCAUUCAGCCUCCUCAAUUAGUUCUGUAGCCAUUCAGCCUCCUCCAUUAGUUCUGUAGCCAUGCAGCCUCCUCCAUUUGGUUUAAAUUAGUAGGUAUGCAACAAUUAGUCCAUUAUGCAGCUGCUUCCAUUCGUUCUGUAGGAAUGUAUUUACUUUCAGAGUGACCAAAUUUGAACACGCUCAGUUUGAGGCAUUUUGGGUGCUGAAUUGUCUUUCUUUCUGGUUAUCAGGGUAUGUGUACUAAUGGUGUGGCUAUUUGUUACUCUUCACCCAUUUACACAAUUCACACUAUGAAGUAGUAUGUGGCAUGGUAGGGUCUGUGGCUAUAACAGUAAAACCUUUAUAGAAGCUGUAGGCAGGGAGCAAAAGUAAAAGAAUGAGAUUUAUUCUAAAUAUUGCCAGUGCUCAAAUGCAACAUGACAACAAAAUAAUGAUGUUUCAGUAGCUAUAUAUUUAAUAUCUAUAUCUAAUCCUUAGAGUCAGUUACCCUAGCAACCAAGCGAAGGGUUUACAGUCUGGGAGAAAAGAGGCCCUGAACAGAUCAUUCUGCUUUUGUGUUGCCAUGAUCACUGAUCCUAGAUACUGAAUAAUUCUAACUCUAGAAAGCAGAGUUAGUGAGAUCACUACUAUAUACAACAGAGAUCCGUAUUUAGAGAGUGUGUGUGUGUAAUAAUGGGGGUCACUGACCCUAGGAACAAAAAAAACUCUGUGAGACUAUUAUUUAAUUGUUACAUUUUUACUUAUCCCAUUCUCUCAUUCAAACUACUGCCUGGUUGCUAGGGUAAGCUGCAUCCUAUCGACCAGUUGCUAUUUCAGACUGGAGUGAACUGCUGAACAAAAAGCCAAAACAAUCCAAAACCCACAAAAUAUGAAGACCAGUGGCAAACUGUCCCUCCCUGCAUCAUACUGAAAGUAAAUUUAAAAGUAAACAACCCCCUGUAUGGCCUUGCACUUUUGUUUUAGGAAUACUGGUCAGCAAGGAUAAACUUUCUUCCUCUCAAACUUACAUGAGCUGUUGCUUUGUAGUAGUGUGAGAUAAAGCCAUGUGAAUGAACUAGACUCAUGUACUGUCCUUCUUUCUCCAGCCCAGUUGCCCUCUCUCAGGCUAGUAGUACACUUGGGGUUUUGAGGUUAUAGUUAGAGAUUUUUUAAUACUCAAGUCAUUCUAGGUACUCAGUGCUUACAGUACUCCCCAUUGCUACAACACAGUACUCAGUGCUUACAGGACACCCCAUUGCUACAACACAGUACUCAGUGCUUACAGUACUCCCCAUUGCUACAACACAGUACUCAGUGCUUACAGUACUCCCCAUUGCUACAACACAGUACUCAGUGCUUAUAGUACUCCCCAUUGCUACAACACAGUACUCAGUGCUUACAGUACACUCCAUUGCUACAACGCAGGCUUUAAGCACAUUAUGGGAAUAGGGGGUCACUCAUUUUAAAUGGUUGUUGACAUUCUACAGUAGUAUAAAAUCUGUUUCUCUAUACCCUAAUCACUAUAUCCUGUGUAAAUAAUAGGACAGACACAUUUACCUAUGGUACCAAAUGCAUUUUUUUCAGGGGGCCAAUCAGAACAUUGAGCUGGAUAGCAGGAUAAGGAGCUGCCGGUUUAACCAAAAACAGUGCUUAAAGCACAGGAUAGCCCUCUAACAUCUUUACAUAAUGUAACGGAGCAAAAAAAUAAUAUUGAUACAUUUAAUUCUAACCAUGUAAUAUUUCCAUGGGGUGUACACAGGGCAUUAUGUUUACUGCACAGGGAGUUUGGCUCAUUUAGGACCUGCCCAUUGCUAUAUCAAAUAGGACUUUCUUCAUGAACCUGGCUGCCAUUUUUUUCUUAUCAAGAAUGUACAUAAUGUUUAUAAGGAGAUUUGUAGACUUGUCAUAUAUUUUGUACAAAUAAAUAUACGUUCAUUCUA